ACAGGAAACAUGAUGGCCGCACUACAGGCAGCUUUGAAGAACCCUCCUAUCAACACAAAGAACCAGGCAGUGAAGGAUCGCGCAGAAAGUAUUGUCCUGAAGGUCCUCAUCUCUUUCAAAGCCAACGACAUUGAGAAGGCAGUGCAGUCGCUGGACAAGAACGGUGUUGACCUGCUAAUGAAGUACAUCUACAAAGGCUUUGAGAGCCCCUCUGACAACAGCAGCGCUGUGCUGCUGCAGUGGCACGAGAAGGCCCUGGCUGCUGGAGGAGUAGGGUCCAUUGUCCGCGUUUUGACUGCCAGGAAAACGGUUUAAAUCCAGCAGCGAGCGGUUGUCUGCCAUCCACGGCGUGGGAAAUGCUGGUACAAAACCCAAACAACCAAAUGCCAUUGCUGCCCUGUGGGCAGCGCCUGUCUCUCAGCUUGCCUUCUCGCUGCUUCUUUCAUACCUGACAAAUAAUGCAUAUCGUGAUCUCUUUUUUUGUUAAAUUCUGGAAAAUUAUGAAGGUGCAAUUUUAUUUCUAACAAACAGGAAUAUUUGGUACUCGCGAACAUUUCAGUGACACGUAUAGCGACAUAUACAACUUCAUGUUUAGGAUGAUUUGCAUUUGUGUAUAAUUAUGGCAGAUCCAGACCUGACUUCCCAAACAAAUGCUGAGGGACCUAGGGCAAUGUCUUAAUUCUUUUCGCUAGCCAAGCAGUGUUUUGACGCAAGAUCUGUAUUUGAGAAGUGGGGCAGCUAUUAAUAUAGGUAACUGGACCAUGUUUUCUUUGGUCAGCCUCUGAACCUACGGCUGUGAAUAGGACAGAAAGCAAAGGCUCCCUUCCGACCCCGAUUAUCAUUCCAGAGAGCUGAGUAUUUUCCUUAACCUCGCAUCUCACGGCCUGUUCAGGUUCCUUGUGAUCAGUCAAAUACUGGGUCCGCAGCAGGAAAGUUACAACAGGAUGAAGUUGUCCAUC